AUGGAAACGCUUUGGAAUUCUUUAUGCAUCAUUCGUCUUGCUCUUUCAUCUGAUGGGCACUACUGCAUAAUCAUUGUAGCAGAAGUAAAUGCAGAAAUAGCAAAUCAAAAUCAUCCAAGACACAAUGGAGUGGCUCUUGUGGCUCUGCCUACCGCUUUACUUGCUCUGGAAUUUCCAGUCAGUCUCUCUUGGAAGAGUCUGACUUUUCUUGAUCUUAGGCAUAACAUGCUUGAAGGACCAUUGCCUCCUUCCAUCUGCGAUUCCGAAAACCUGAAGUAUCUUCUGUUGGCUGAAAACAAAUUGAAUGGUACAAAUUCCUCAAUGCUUGGGAAAUUUCAAGGUCCUAUAGCCACUUCUAAGACUAAACUCCCAUUUCCCAAGCUGCGAAUCUUCGACAUAUCUCACAAUGAGUUCACUGGCAUCCUACCGGCAGACCUUCCGAAGAACUUUAGAGCCAUGACCAGCCUUGAUAGCAGAAAAGAACUUGAAUACAUAGGAAAUCGAUUUUACUACGUAGAUUCUGUGACUUUGGUGAUGAAGGGCAAGGAAAUUGAGUUUGUCAGAGUCCUCAAGCUUUUCACUGCGGUUGAUUUAUCUUCGAACAAGUUUCAAAGUGAGAUUCCCAAGUCCAUAGGAAAUCUCAUAUCAGUCAGGGGAAAUUCCAUGGCAGCUUACAAAACUAACCUUUCUUGCAUUCUUCAACCUCUCCCAAAAUCAUCUUCUCGGACGCAUUACUCUAGUGACUUAGCAUUAUGUGGAUUUCCAUUGAAAGAUUGUGGAGAAAUUGAGGCCGCACAAUCACCUGCCAAGGCGGAAACAUCGCAAAGAAAUUGUUUUGGCAUUCUUGGCUGGUUUCCUCGGGAAUCAGCAGUCAGUGGACAUUGCUUUGGUAUGGUUGUUGGGCUAUGCAUUGGAGGCCUGCUAUUUACUGGAAAGCCAAGGUGGUUCCUACCAUCAGUUGCUAAAGACACGCAUCAAUGGUCAAGAAGUGGUGAAAGAAUGAAAGAUGAUCUUGGACUGAGAGAAAGAUUUCGUUGGCAUUUGGCAGUCUAUGCCAAUCUGUGA